UAGAAUCAGGAAACGCACCCAUAUCAUCUGACCACAGCGCGCACUGCACUGAGCGGAAGCUACGGUUCCCAUGUCUAAGCUCCAUGUUACUGGGAUGUGGUGUGUACUGCUUCUUUCACUUAUUCCCUCCGCUGAAGCAUUUGAUGGAGGGGACGCCGUCGCACUUCUGAUCGGCGUUAUGAUAUCGGUGGUGGGCUUUUGUGCUUGCCUCGGCUGGUACGCACGACAGAGAAAUGGUCAAUUCUGACAAGCUGAAACGGCGUGAGCGACAGGCUACUGGUUUAUAUCUGGAAAUGUUUCUACGCUAUGAUUUUUGUUACUCUCCUGUAUGAUGUUAGCACAUUGUGUCAAGUUGACCAAGAAAACAAGAGUAUUGUGCCUUAUUAGCUGAAAUGGACGAAGUUACAUUUUCCAAGAAGAGAACAACAAUCUGCAAAACAAGGAAGUUCAGAACAGCCACUCUGAGCAUGCGCACUUUGGGAUUUGAGGGACCACAUAUCUUUCCUGUGCUCCAACAUAUUAUGGACCAGGCUAUGGUACUGUAUUUUACGCCUAUAUGGCACUAACAUUGGAUUAUGUGUGGACUUGCCAAGUGCCCUGAGUUGAGUAUAUUGAGACACCACGGACUCAUGUCCCUGUAUAGUGCAAGAUGUUCAUUUUCCUGUCCUUUUCUCAAAUAUUGAUGUUGCCAUCUGGAAUGUUACGUGUUAAAUGUGGGUUAUGAUAUAAAUGCUUUCAUUUUUCUUUAAGCCUUACAUUGUUAUGAAACCUGCUUGAUAGGAAAUAAAUUGCUUCAUACUU